UGGUGGAACGUCGAAGUGCAUUCUUGCCAGUGCAACUUUUUGGCAACAACCACACAACUUCGCGAUGUCAUACUAUCAUUGAUCAAUUUUACUCAGUUUGAAUAUAUUACGUCUGAAGAGUAGCUUAGUUCUGCAUCAUAUUGUAACAUGGACUACAUUUGGUCGCUGACCGGUGGCGCCCGGGCUGUCAAAGACGCAGUCUCAAGCCGAAUCUGGCCUGCGCCAAUUCAAGAAGUUCAUGUCGCAGACCGUACCUACUCUGGAUCAGAAGUGGUCAGUGCCGGUCCAAUACGAAGAAGAACAGACACCGGACAGAAGAAGAGCACGGAGAAGAAGGAUGGACGCCGCAUGUCCUUCCAGAGACCCAAGGGGACCAUGGAGUACUCGGUGGAAUCUCGGGACACACUCAACAGUAUAGCCCUGAAGUUUGACACCACACCCAAUGAGCUGGUGCAGCUCAACAAGCUGUUCUCCAGAAAUGUGGUCCCCGGACAGGUUCUGUAUGUUCCUGACCCCGAGUACGUGUCCAGUGUGGGCAGUUCCCCCUCCCUCAGCCCUGUCAGCCCCCUGUCGCCCACCUCCUCCGAGGCUGACUUAGAGAAGGUGACGGACUCUGAUGGCCCUCCGCGCUCCGAGGCGCACCAUCCCCCGGUCUUCUCGGCCCUGCGGCAGUCCCGCGUGGUCUCGUCCACCUCCGAGGAGGAGGAGGCCCUCACCGAGAAGUUCCUCAAGAUCAACUGCAAGUACCUCACCGACGGCAAGGGCGUGGUGGGCGGAGUCCUGCUGGUCACCCCCAACAACAUCAUGUUUGACCCGCUGCGGAGCGACCCGCUGGUGCUGGAGCGCGGCUGCGAGGAGUACGGCAUCAUGUGCCCGCUGGACGAGGUGCAGUCGGCCGCCGUCUACCGCGAGAUCGCCGACCGCAAGAUCAGCGAGAGCGUGCCGCCGGAGCUUGAGGCCCAGUGGUCGACCGUCCAGCACCCGUCGGAGCUGCGUUCGCGCAGCACCGAGGGCUCCAUCUCCGAGGACGUGUUCACCGAGUCGGAGCUGUCGCCCAUCCGCGAGGAGCUGCUGUCCACCGAGGAGCUCCGGCUGGACGACAAGUCGUCCGGCGCCUCCUGCGAGUCCGUCCAGACGGUGGCCCAGGCGGAAGGCGCCGUGGCGGCGGGGAAGGGGCCGGGCAGCGCCCGGGGUUCGGUCAGCCGGGACGAGAGGCCCAGCGGCGGCGAGCAGAGCGACACGGACAGCCUGACCGCCCAGCCCCGCUCCUCCCUGGGCUCGGAGCUGACCAGUGAGGAGCAGCAGGCCCAGCAGCUCAGCACCCCCACCAGCGCCAGUGGGAAGGACCAGCCGGACAGCGCCAGCCCAGGCCAGGGCUCUGCGUCCCGGCUCACCUCCCAGAGCUCUGCCCCCGGGGCCGGGGCUGGGGCCGGAGCCGGCGAUUCCCCCGGAGGAGCCAAGCUGGCCAGGGACAGGACCCGGGACUCGGAGUCGGACGUGGAGGAGCUGCGGAAGAUGUGGAAGAGUCACACUAUGCAACAAGCCAAGGAGCAGAGGGACAACGUCCAGAAAGAGCCCACCGAGGAAGCCAAGGCCGAAGGCCCAGCGGUGUUCAGGGAGAGGAAGAGGUCCAGGUCUCACAAGUUCCUGUGCCUUCGGGUGGGCAAGCCCAUGAAGAAGACGUUUUUGUCCAACGCCAGCGCCUCCAUGCAGCAGUACGCCCAGCGCGACCGCAAGCACGAGUACUGGUUCGCCGUGCCCCAGGAGAGGACGGACCACCUGUAUGUGUUCUUCAUCCAGUGGAGCCCCGACAUGUAUGGCGACGGCCUCGGGGGCAUCAGCCAGGAGCCGGGCUUCAUGGUGGUCAAGAAGCUGGAGGAGUCCGACGGCACCGAGGAGCAGAAGGAGCAGGCCUCCACCACCGACGCCUCCGACAGCAAGGAGUGGGAGGUAGUGUCGCUGACUGAGUACCACCGGCGGAUUGACGCCCUAAACAGCGAAGAUCUGCGCGCCCUAUGCAAACGGCUCCAGAUUACCACCAAGGAGGAGGUGAACUCGAACCAUGGUGGCUCCAUCACUGCCACGCUGGAGCCGGAGACGUUCAGACCUAACCUGAGCGAGGACAGCGACCUUCUGGAAGGCGACCAGAUUGAGAAGCUGGCCAAGCACCUCCCCCCCAGGACCAUCGGCUACCCCUGGACACUCGCCUACAGCACAUCCAAGCAUGGCAUGAGCAUAAAGACCCUGUACAGAGUCAUGCUGGGCCUGGACACGCCUGUGCUGCUGGUCAUCAAGGACAGCGACGGCUCGGUGUUUGGUGCACUUGCGUCAGAACCCUUCAAGGUCAGCGAGGGCUUCUACGGAACAGGAGAGACCUUUCUCUUCACCUUCCAUCCGGAAUUUGAGGCAUACAAGUGGAGUGGAGACAACCUUUUCUUCAUCAAAGGAGAUAUGGAUUCCCUGGCAUUUGGAGGAGGAAGUGGGGAGUUUGGCUUGUGGCUGGACGGAGACCUGUACCAUGGCAGAAGCCACUCCUGCAAGACCUUCGGCAACCCCAUGCUCUCACAGAAGGAGGACUUUGUCGUGCAGGACAUUGAGAUCUGGUCUUUUGAGUGACCGUUCGGCGGGUGGUGCGGCUUGGGUUUAAGGGGAGAGUUCGCCGAAAGAGAGGGGAGCGCGGAAGGCCUGCGAAUGGCAGCGUCCCAACUGUACUGCACAACCCCUUUGGCUCCCAAGAAGCCUGUUAAAGGAAGCAUAACGUCACUAUGCUUGUCGUCCGUUAUUAUUUCCUCCUGCAUCUUAACACAGGGCUUUUCUUCGUGCCGUUACUUUAUAUCAUUUUUUUUCCCCCUCUUUGUGUGUAAGCGUUUCGUUCAGGCUGUGCACAGCUUCAGGGAGAUGACAAGAGCAGAGAGGGGAGUUUUUUUUAGGGGAGGGGGGGGCCUUUAACAGAGCCCGGCUAGCCGUCAGCCAUCUCGCAAAGCAGCAUGGGUAGGGGGGCGCCGCUGGUGCGCUUUGAGACACCGUACGCACAGAGGCGAUGGCGGCGAGCGUGUUUUUAGGACGGAUCGGCGUACGAACUGCUAGUCUAGAGGCGAAGACCAAAACCAAGAAGCACCAGGUUCGUCCUCCCUUUGGGUCGAGGAUUUAGGACGUCAUUAAUGUCUGUGUGUGGAGGAGGCUAAACAGGCAAGAGAAAAACCCCUUUGAUCUUCAGAGGAACAUCACAGGCUAAGGGAGGGGAUUGAGAACCACAGCAGUGGAACAGCGGGUGAACUGUGGAACCACGGAACCGUGUAGAGCAAGUGUACCGUUCACAGCUCCCGUUUUCUUCUGUGGCACCGAGGGGAGAAAAAAGAGAAGAUGACGACGAUGAUGAUGAUAAUAAUACUAAAGUGUCGUGAAGUUGUAGUCUUUCUGUUGUCCAUCAUAGCACACACAAGUGUCGAAAGCACAUACGUAGCUCUUAACCAGAAUUAUCCAUCGUUGUAAUGUUCUGUUAAGUGGGUGUACAUGUGAGUUCAGUCAACGCAAGCCCUCGUCCGGGGGCUCAAGCGUGCUGUUUGUAGACAGUAAUGUGUCGCAAUAGAUUUGUGGAAUAUGCAAAAUUACUGUCCCGUGACCUCAAAUAAUCCAGGCGGGCACUUGGUCAACCUGUUUUAUUGUUGUUCUUUCAGAGAGAACUUGUAAAGCUUUUAACGUCCUGAUAAACACAACUGCUUCUCUGGGUAUCAUUUGAAAAGCCUGAGGCGUGUUGGAAUUGUUUUUUAUUAUUUCUUUUUCUUUUCAGGAAUAUAUUACAGAAUUAUAUAUUUAUAUAUAUAUAUAUGAUUAUAUAUAAAUAUAUAUAAUUAUAUAUAUGUUGCUGUUAUGUGUGACAGUGAUCUUUUUUGUGCUGACAUUUCAGCUGUUACAAAUAUAUUGUAUAUUACCCUGUACAUUAAUGUUUAAAUAGUAGAUUUGUUCCUAUAUAUAUAAAUAUAAAUAUAUAUAUAUACAUACAAAUAUAUAUGACGUGUGGAUUGGUGGGUUGCUUCUAGCACUUUAAUCUAGUAUAAGGCCAGGUUAGUAGGCUCUCUGUUAGCAGUAGCUGUACAGUAAAUAUCUAUUUUUUGUUUUUGGUUAUUUUUUUGUUAUUUUUUUCCAAUAGAUUCUAAAACAUAAUUGUCAUUGUCAAUUGAAGGCUUGCUGCUGGGAUAUGGGAGAGGGGGUGGACGGUGGAAGGUGAAACCACAUGUGGGGUGAUGACGAGAGAGGUGAUGCUGAAGGUCGUUCGUGUCCUCAAGGGCAUAGCAGCAUUAGUUGUUGGGCCUUAUCAACGGCAGGUCCCCAGGCCUCCCUUGAGGGGCGACAACACAGGGAUGUACAUAACCUGUCGUGUCUCAGCAGCUGUCUGCCCCUCUCUGGUCUUCCACAUCAGUAUUUGUGCUCUUGUGGAGUGACAUUAAUUAACAUGAAUUUAAAGAGAAUCCUUCUACUAUUACUACUACUACUACUACUUCACCGGAAUACAAUGUAACAGUGAUGUAUAAAUGACAAUAAAGGCUAAAUAAAUUGUCAUAAUCUGGAA